UUAUUGUCAAGAUUUUACUGUCAAAUAUAAAAUUUAAAAACUAAUAGUUUUUGGUUCUACAACGUUUGUUUAUUGAAAUUCUAUGACCCAAAAAAUAUAUUAUUAUUUUCAAAUUUUACCUUAAUUACUGUUAGUAGUGCAAAACAUUAUGGCAGCGGAUGCAAGUUCCAGGGCUAGAAAGGAUGACCCCGAAGAAGAAUAUGAUCCAUACUUACAUAGAAAUCUUCCGAGUCCUAACAAGAGCAUCGAAACCCUAGGUCAUCUAAUCAAAGGUAUUAUUGGUACCGGAAUUUUGGCAUUACCCGAAGGAUUUAAAUUGGCAGGAAUGAUAAACGGAAUAGUUUCUACCAUUCUUAUAGGUUUAUUGUCCACAUAUUGCCUACGAAUUUUGGUAAAAUCUCAAUACGAAUUAUGUAAAAAGAAGAGAGUAGGACUCUUAACAUAUCCUGAAUCUAUGGAAUAUGCUUGUGAAGUGGGUCCUAAAAUGUUUCAUGGAUUUGCCCCCUAUGCAGGGGCAAUCACAAAUUUCUUCCUGGUUACGUUUCAAGUUGGCACCUGUUGUGUAUAUGUGGUCUUCGUAGCAGUAAACAUCAAAUAUGUAGGUGACGAAUACACCAAUCCUCCAAUUGCUUUAACUUAUUACAUCUUAAUGUUUACUGUACCGUUUUUAUUGAUAAUAAUGGUUAGGAACCUAAAACAUUUUGCACCCUUCUCUAUUGUGGCAAAUCUAAUAACAUUAUUGACAAUUGGCGUUUGUGGCUACUAUAUGUUUCAAGAUUUACCACCAUUUUCAAGCCGCCCAGCUUUUGGAAAAGCAGGAGAUUAUGCUCUGUAUUUUGGAACAAGUCUUUUUUCACUACAGUCCAUUACGGUGGUUACAUCUGCAGAAAAUAAUAUGGCAAAUCCACGACAAUUUCUGACACCUUUUGGUGUUUUAAAUGUUGGAAUGGCUAUUGUGGUAGUUAUAUACAGUUUUUUUGCUGCAUCCGGAUAUUGGAAAUAUGGUGAAGAUAUUAAGUCCAGUAUAACUUUAAAUUUUCCUUCAUCUGAUGCAAUUGCUCAAUCUAUCAGAGUUUUAUAUUCCUCUGCUAUAUUUAUAUCGUAUGGUCUACAAGGAAUACCUGCUGUAUAUAUUAUAUAUCACGACUACGUUCUUCCACGAAUAGGAGAAGAUGCUACAAAACAAAAGAAGCUGACAUAUGAGUACGGUCUACGCUUGGGCCUAGUAAUAAUAUCAAUUGUUUUGGCUAUGUCAGUACCACUUCUAGGACAGAUAAUUUCAUUAGUUGGUGUAUUUUGUCUAUCGGCACUUGGAAUAACUUUUCCCGCAAUCAUUGAAAUGUCAGCACACUGGCCUGAUCGACUAGGUCCUGGAAGAAUUUGCCUGUGGAAAGAUCUUUUCAUAAUUAUCUUUGGUUUAUUCGGCCUUAUAGUUGGGACAUAUAGUUGUGUGUAUAACAUUGUUCAAGAAUUAAUUGUUAUGUAUCAAAAGUAGAACAACUGGAAGAGAUAUUUAGAAGAUUUUCGAUUUCAACUCUAUAAUCUAAUAUUGUCCUUUUAUAAAACUUGUAUCUUUAUAAAUUAUUAUACUCGUACCUAUUUU